AAGAUCAGUCUGAGGAGGAGAUGUGAACGUGUGACUGAAGGAACUGAUGAAACAGGAAGUGGAACCCUCCUCAACAGGAUCUACACUGAGCUCUACAUCACAGAGGGACAGAGUGAAGAGGUUAAUACCCAACAUGAGGUGAGGCAGCUUGAGACAGCUUCCAAGAAGAAGACCCUCCAUGACGCUCCAAUCAAGUACCAGGACAUCUUUAAAGCCUUACCUGACCAACAGGGACACAUCAGAGUCGUUCUGACGAACGGCGUCGCUGGCGUUGGAAAAACCUUCUCAGUGCAGAAGUUCACUCUGGACUGGGCAGAGGGCUUGGAGAACCAAGAUGUCAGUCUGGUGGUUCUGCUUUCGUUCAGGGAGCUGAACUUGAUCAGAGAUGAGCAGUACAGUCUUCUCAUGCUGCUCCAUGAUUUCCAUCCAACAUUACAGAAGGUCACAGCAGAGAAGCUCGCUGUCUGUAAAGUUCUGUUCAUCUUUGACGGCCUGGAUGAAAGCAGACUUUCACUGGACUUCAAGAACAAGAAGGUUGUGUCUGAUGUCACCCAGAAGUCAUCAGUCAAUGUGCUGUUGACAAACCUCAUCCAGGGGAAUCUGCUUCCCUCAGCUCUCGUCUGGAUAACUUCCCGACCUGCAGCAGCCAAUCGGAUCCCUCCUGCAUGUGUUGACAGGGUAACAGAAGUACGAGGCUUCACUGACGCCCAGAAGGAGGAGUACUUCAGGAGGAGAGUCAGUGAUGAAGAGCUGUCCAGCAGAAUCAUCUCACACAUCAAGACAUCCAGGAGCCUCCACAUCAUGUGUCUAAUCCCAGUCUUCUGCUGGAUCACUGCUACAGUUCUGGACCACAUGUUGACUACAGACCAGAGAGGAGAGCUGCCCAAGACCCUGACUGACAUGUACUCACACUUCCUGUUUGUUCAGACAAAGAGGAAGAAGCAGAAGUACGGUAAGGGACAUGAGACGAGUCCACAGGAGCUGACGGAGGCUGACAGGGAAGUUCUUCUGAAGCUGGGGAGGCUGGCGUUUGAACAUCUGAAGAAAGGAAACAUCAUGUUCUACCAAGAAGACCUGGAGCGGUGUGGUCUGGAUGUCACAGAGGCCUCGGUGUACUCAGGAGUUUGUACAGAGAUCUUCAAAAGAGAGAGUGUGAUCUUCCAGAAAACAGUCUACUGCUUUGUUCACCUGAGCAUUCAGGAGUUUCUGGCUGCAGUAUACAUGAUCCACUGUUACACAAACAGGAACACAGAGGUACUGAAGGACUUCCUGGGAAAAACAUAUGUUCAUUCAACCCUGGAUGACUUCCUGAAGAGAGCCAUGGAGAAAUCCCUUGCAAGUAAAAAUGGCCACCUGGACCUGUUUGUUCGCUUCCUUCAUGGCCUCUCUCUGGAGUCCAACCAGAAGCUCUUAGGAGGUCUGCUGGGUCAGACAAAGAGCAGUCCAGAAAUCAUCCAGAGAAUCAUCAACAACCUGAAGGAGAUGAACAGAGUUAAAACCUCUCCUGACAGAAGCAUCAACAUCUUCCACUGUCUGACGGAGAUGAACGACCACUCGGUACAUCAGGAGAUCCAAGAGUUCCUGAAGUCAGAGAACAGAUCAGAGAAGAACCUCUCUGUGAUCCACUGCUCAGCUCUGGCCUACAUGCUGCAGAUGUCAGAGGAGGUUCUGGAUGAGUUGAACCUGAAGAAGUACAAGACAACACAAUGGGGACGAAAGAGACUGAUUCCAGCUGUGAGGAACUGCAGAAAAGCUGUAUUUUCUUACUGUGGACUCUCAGAUACUCACUAUGAAGUUGUGGCCUCAGCUCUGAAGUCCAACCCCUCCCAUCUGAGAGAGCUGGACCUGAGUGGCAACAACAACCUGAAGGGUUCAGGACUGAAGCUGCUUUCUGCUGGACUGGAGAGUCCAAACUGUAGACUGGAGACUCUGAGAUUGUAUGGCUGCAGUUUGUCAGAUAUCGGCUUUGAUUCUCUGACCUCAGCUCUGAAGUCCAACCCCUCCCAUCUGAGAGAGCUGCAUCUGAGUGGAAACGACCUGAAGGAUUCAGAUGUGAAGCUCCUGUGUGGUUUUCUGGAGAGUCCACACUGUAGACUGGAGACUCUGAGAUUGUGGAGCUGCAGGUUGUCAAAGAUCAGCUGUGCUUCUCUGGCCUCAGCUCUGAAGUCCAACCCCUCCCAUCUGAGAGAGCUGGAUCUGGGCUACAACGACCUGAAGGAUUCAGAUGUGAAGCUGCUGUCUGAUCUUGUGGAGAGUCCACACUGUAGACUGGAGACUCUGGAAUUGAGUGGCUGCAGUUUGUCAGAGAUCAGCUGUGCUUCCCUGGCCUCAGCUCUGAAGUCCAACCCCUCCUAUCUGAGAGAGCUGAAUCUGAGUAACAACAAGCUGCAGGAUUCAGGAGUUAAGCUCCUGUGUGGUUUUCUGAAGAGUCCACACUGUAGACUGGAGACUCUGGGAUUGUGGAGCUGCAGUUUGUCAGAGAUCAGCUGUGCUCCUCUGGCCUCAGCUCUGAAGUCCAACCCCUCCCAUCUGAGAGAGCUGGAUCUGAGUGACAACAAGCUGAAGGAUUCAGGAGUGAAGCUCCUGUGUGGUUUUCUGGAGAGUCCACACUGUAGACUGGAGACUCUGAGAUUGAGUGACUGCAGUUUGUCAGAGAUCAGCUGUGCUUCUCUGGCCUCAGCUCUGAAGUCCAACCCCUCCCAUCUGAGAGAGCUGGAUCUGAGUAACAACGACCUGAAGGAUUCAGGAGUGAAGCUGUCUGCUGGACUGGAGAGUCCAAACUGUAGACUGGAGACUCUGAGACUUUCUUGCUAUGGACUCUCAGAUACUCACUGGGAAGUUGUGUCCUCAGCUCUGAAGUCCAACCCCUCCCAUCUGAGAGAGCUGGACCUGAGUGGAAGCGACCUGAAGGAUUCAGGAGUGAAGCUGCUCUCUGCUGGACUGGAGAGUCCAAACUGUAGACUGGAGACUCUGAGAUUGUGGAGCUGCAGGUUGUCAAAGAUCAGCUGUGCUUCUCUGGCCUCAGCUCUGAAGUCCAACCCCUCCCAUCUGAGAGAGCUGGAUCUGGGCUACAACGACCUGAAGGAUUCAGAUGUGAAGCUGCUGUCUGAUCUUGUGGAGAGUCCACACUGUAGACUGGAGACUCUGGAUAUUGAUCUCUGUCAGAGUGAGUGAUCAGAGAAGUGGAUGUGUUGAGAGGAUCAGCCGUGUCCUGAUGAUCCACUGAGGUUCACCACCUGGACCUGCAUCUGAUUUUGGUUUUUUUUUAUUCAUUCAUGUAUUCUGAACCCAAAGUGCCUCUGCAGAAUAGUUCAGUUCAUGACAACAUAACUGUAGAUGAACACAUUUAAAUAGAUCUCUCUGCUCUGCUUUGUGUCGCAGCUCCACCCUGUGGAACGAUGGAGUUUUGCUGUUUACUUCCACAUAUUUCUAAAUAAGUUAAUAAAGUUACCCUAUUAAAACCGAGCCCUCAGGAAGAGCGUCUGCAUAUGACAUGAUAACUGA